AUGGAGGAGUCGUCGCGGAAUCUGUUGCAACAUAAGCACCGGGCCGAACAGCUGAAGCAGGAGAAAACGGCGCUUACACUGUCCUACGAAGCGCGCGUGCACCAGUAUCAGGCGCAGAUAUCAAAGCUGCAACUAGAGAACGAGUCGAUGCGUGGUCAACUACGCGGCCUGGAGGCAGCAUGCGCCGGUGAAGUGCACGCCGCGCUGGUAGCACGUUUGGCAACCCUCGAAACGGAGCACGCAGCCUUAGCGCGAGACGCUGACGCCCAGCGUCGACAAUAUGAGCGGUGCCUGGACGACGUCGCCAACCAGGUGGUCCGCGCUCUCCUAUCGCAAAAGGGUCUUAGGGAGGAAAUAGGUGCAUUGCAGAGACGUAUACGAGAGCUUGAGGCUCAAAAUCGAGCAUUGUCAGGACUCUUGGCGCAGGCUGCCAGUCCUGGAAGCCCUACCGAACUUAUCCAAGGAAUUCUCGAGGGUGGUCCAGCCGCCCUGGUCGCCGCUUUGGGUCUGGACCCUUCCUGGGUACCCCUCUCAAGACCACGUUCCCUCAAUUUGCAAAUACCCGUGAUGGCAACCACUAAGUGCCGACGUAGUAGACCUCUUGCGCAAAAACCGUCGGAAGAGGAAGGCAGCGAAAGCCCAGAAAGUGGUAAUCGCGACGAGGGCUACUCGACCAUGUCGAGUGAUGUUCAAGGUGAGGGUACGCGUCAGGAGCCAUCUGUGCGCGGCCUCGAAGAUCUGAAGGAGGCCACCGACGAGACCGAAGCUGACGUGUCGCCGGAUGCUCGUCUCGUCGCCCUCGACACCGGCGAUCCGGACGUCCUCUUUCUACCUCUGAAUCUCACCGUGGGCAUCAAUCCGCGCCACAGCUAUCCGCCGACUAAAGAUCUGUUACCCUAUCAGCACGUGAUGCGUAGCUUCUCCGACAGUCAUCUUUGUCUCAAGCUCACCACUACCGCCAAUUUUACACCGUACAAACUGCCUAGCCCCAUGGGCUCAUCUUCUCUCUUGCUGGUGGAGGAGGAAGGCUGGGACGCCGAAUAUGUGCAACAAUGGCUUAGGCUCGAUGAUAGUAGAAGCACGCAACAACAUCGAGAUUUGCUCGAAUUGGAGUACGACAGAGCGGAGCUGGAGGAUUGGAGUUUCUCCCUAUCCACGGAAGACCUCGUACAAAAUGAAUCCGCAAUGUGGAAGGAGCAACCAGCUACAAAUACACCUGCCCUGCCAGCAAUCAAGGAACAUAAUCUUCUGGAAUUGGAGGAGGACGCGAACGAGUGUCUGUGGAACGGUGCGAGCUAUCUUGCCGAUAGGACCGGAGGGGAGCUGGUUGCGCUUUUAAUGGACGCGAGGACAAACGGACCCUGGCCAUAUGCCUCAAGUCCCGGUGCGUCCUGGAGUAGCGAGGAGGGUGCCCUGGAGAACUCGAGUAAGCGUUCAUCGGCGGCACUCUCUGGCUGCAGCGACGAUCCUGACACUCCGUCAAUCGGCACGGACUUCACCAGGGAUUUUUACCGGCUAGUAAAGUUCGAGAGUACCAAGAGCUUGGCAAGCACGUCCUCCAGAAGUGGUAGACCACCACCGGACAGGGAACAAGCACUUCAGAGCGUCCUGUCUUUCAUCGCCGAACAACAGAUGUACCUCGCAGAGUUACCGAAUAAUCCCAACCAAAUGGAAUCGCAGAACGUGUCUCACUCGACCGAAGAAUUGGUCCCAAACAAAAAUGAUUCUACGGGAGAGACAAAGAUAGCGGAGCUAGAAAGCUCGUCCGUUCAAGAGCGUAGUAUCGGAAACACGAAUGAAAUGAGCAGCAACGAUGAGCUGCUCGAUCAGAUACAGGUACCAUCGUUGGCACUCGAGGAGAGGAUUGUAAGCGCUGUGUCGUGUAAUGGCGGUAUCGCAUAUACAACGGUAGCUCCAUCGGAAUUGGGAGCUGUUCCCGAGGAGGACGAAGAGGCAACUUCCUCUACACCUAGUACAGUUGUUAGCCCGGCACGAGCAACGCUUCUCGUGGAGGGCAGAAAUCGAACAUUGAGCUUCCAUGAACGCGCCACAUCCAAGGACGUUAUAGAUGAAUUGAACCGCAUGAUUCGGAAGGGUGAAGAUACUACCGCUGUUAACAUCAUUAACAACGAAUCGCAGGUACCGCUUGAGAAAUUGGAUCUUGCUUGCUGCUGUCCGACAGGAUGGGUUCACGUUGAACGUGAUAUUGACUUCACCGACCCCAAGGCCAGAGCAAAUCUCUUAGACGUGAUGUUAGCAAGCAGCGAAAGUUCUUCGGCGACAUCGAGUAGCGGUUCGGCGGGUAGCGACUCGGGAGAUGAACCAUCUGAUUACCGCCACUUGCAUAGAUUACAUCGGUACCGACGGCAAAAGAAAGCGUCGGCGGCCCAGGCGCACCGCGUCCUCCGGCUGCCGUCCACCUGGGGCUCGUCCCGGCCGUCAAUCAUCGGCCGCGGCGAUGACUUCUUCGUACGCUACGGGGACAAGGAGCGCGAGGCAGUGGCCUCGUUCGAUUUCCUCGAUGAAUUCGUCGCGGCGGUGACAACGUCGGCAGCGAUAGGGCCUUCCUCGUCGCUCGGUUCGGACAGCAGUCCUCUCGACUUGGACAAUAAUGCACCAUCUGCUGUUCUUAACAGCGACAUCAUGAAGCUCUCACCAUUCUAGGAUCAACAGCGACGACGGAUUGAUUUUAUAAAACGCGUAGAAUUUUUUGUCUGAACGCGAGCUCUUCUCAACUGAUGAAACGCAGACUUUAUUCUACAGUAUAAAUCGGGAAUAACUUUUCUUCAAUCCCAACUUUGUUUUAAUCCCUUUCUAAGGAAUUGUUUUUAAUAUAUUAUAUUUUUUAAUGUAGAGAAAUUGAGUAUCAGUUGCAUCCUGAUAAAGUGAACAGUAAAGUUUAUGAAACAUUGGUAUUCUAAUAAGACACAUAUGAAC